UGCGGGGCUUUGGGGGUGGGGGGGGACAGAGCCUGGCCCCCCACAUCCUGAUUCCUGCUGCAGGGCUGAGGUGUGGGGGCCCCUCGUGCAGGAGCACGGGAGUCAGAGAGCGGGGAGGGGCAGGGAAGCUGGGGGCUGAGGUUGUGCCUUGAGGGGAGUGGCCCCUCCACUGCCCACCCCAGCCCGGCCUGUCCUGACCCGACCCUGGGCCCCCCACUCACAUCCAGGCCUCACACCUCAGUCCCCCAGCCCCGCGGCAUGUGGGAAGUGGACGGGGUGGGGGCUGCCGUCACCCAGAGCAGCUUCAGGGAGAGGAGGAGACCCCAUGUGCCCUGAACGGAGUGGGACAGCUGUCGGUGCAGGGGCGGGGCGGCGAAGGGCCCUGACAGGGACACUGGGCAGGCUGCGCAGGGGAUCCGCCUGUGCCUCCCCCUCACAUAGAGAAGUAGCAGCACCUACUGUGUGCGGCCAGGGCAGGGACAGGACAGACCCUGUGCCUGGCACCUCCAGUGCAGAGGGAGGACCCAGACAGACAAGGGAGGUGGGAGGGGGGUCAGCUCCCCGGAGGCAGGCAGGGGCGCUCACACCAUGGAUGGAGGGCUCCCCCCUGUGGGGACAUCCAGCCCCGCCUGCUGCCCAGGCCUGCCCCUGCCUGGGUGGCCUUGGGGGUGGCUGGGGUGGGCCCGGGGUCGGGCUGGACCAUCCCCAGGGGCUCAGGGGUCUGCGUGGGAGGGUGGGCCAGGCCCCUGAGCUGCUGUCUGCCCUCCUGCCUCCAGGGCACCUGGCGGGACCGGUCCUCGGAGGACCUCUGUCAGCCCUCAGACACGUGUGUGUCCGACCUGGGAGCAGGAGGUCGGGGCGCAGGACAGUGGAGAGGGCCAGGCAGGCUGCGAUGCCUCCAGGGGGGCUGCCGGGCACUGUCUCUGCAGAGCGCCACACAGGAGAUGGGCAGGGGGCUGGGCAGCGGACACCUGCUCCAGCUUCUGGAGGGAGGGCAGGGGCACCACCCCGCCAGUGCAGGCCAGUAGAGGCUCAGGAUGGGUACAGCCAAGGAAGGGUUUCCAGAUCCAGGGCCCGGAGAAGGCCGGGGAAGUCCUCCUGGCCAGAUGCUGCCCUGGUCACUGCCCUGCUGGUCCUGAACCUGACUCUGCUCCUAGAGGCGGAGCUCACGAGGCCGAGCCUGAGGGCACCCGCAUUCCAGAGACAGGCCUCUACAUGCUCACUUGGUUGGAGAUCAUCUAUCCAAGAGCAUGUUUUCCUGCUGCUUCCAUAUGUCUGGAUGUUGCAGAGGGAGGACUGCACGCCCUGCCAGCAGUGCCACCCGCGGGGAGUGUCCUGGCAGGGCUCCCCGACGCCUCUGGCCACUUAGAAGGAAGGGUCGAAAGAACAUCAAAAAUGAAGUGGAAAGGAGGCUGCAGACCCCGCUUCAUCCCCUUACUGAGGGGCAGUUGUGCCAGGCUGCCCAGCAGGGCCAGCAUGGAAUCCGACGCAGAGUAGCCGCACAUGGCUCCCCUCACAAGGGACCGGGGCUUGUCUGGGAAGGCCUGUGACACUGCCCAAGCCACUGUACCUGGUCCAGGUCCUACACCGGACUCUGGUCCUAGAGGAGGAGCUAACAGAGGCCGAGCCUGAGGCUUCAUGGUCGCCUCAGCAGCUCGUGGUGGCUGCAGCCACAGAUCCUCUACAAUCUGAAGAUCUCGAUCCAGCCGCAGAAGCAGCAGCAGAAGCAACGCCAGCUCGGGAUCUACAGGCAUUUCCAUCAGUCCGCGUCAUGCUUCCUGCAGCAGCAGCUCCGCCUCUAGUGCCCGCCUCCUGCAGGGGCUCCAGAAAGCAAGCUAGAGCCAGGGCAGGAUCCACCACCUGGGGACCUGGAGCCAGCUCUGCACCUCCUUUUGCAGAAGAGAUGGAGCCAGCUUGGGACCCAGCAGCCCUCAGGGAGCGCCAGCCCUGGAGCUACCCUCACUGCCAGCUCCCAAUGCACGGUUUCAGCCCGAUGCCCCACUCAACACUCUGUGGAGUGUUCCUCUCCCCUAUUGUGGCUUCUGUUUGCUUUUGUGUUUGUUUUUACUUUGUCUCUUUUUGUUUUUGUUUUUUCACAUUCUUUCUGCUGUUCUCUACUUUGGAUUUUAAAUAGAUUUAGUUAUUUUCAAUUGAG